GCGGGCUGCCUGCCGGCGCGGCUCCGGGCUACAGCCAGCCGAGCGGAGCGGGCCGCUUCCUCCGAGAACCGGCGGCGUGCCCCUGCCCAGGCGGCUGGGCCCCGCGCCCCAGCGUGCGUCCAACAGCAUCCCAGCGGCAGGGCGCAACUUUCCCCGGUUAUAGGCGGGGCGGGCACGGCAGCGGGACAACUUGGUAAACUUCGGGGCAGACGGCAGGGACGCCGGGCGCAGGUACAAGAGGAGGUAGGAGGGCGGUGGCCGGCCCUGGGCGUCCCCCGACCUCCCAGCCCCUUUCGGCUGGGCCAUGGGGCUCCAGCACCUUCAGGGCAGCCAGGGCGACAACCCCCUCGUCUAGACGACCUGAGUGGAACAGUGCCGUCGCUGGCUGUGCACGCGCUGGGUGAGCAGCGCCCCCUCUGGCCCGUCCGGCCCGGCCAUGGACCACCAGGAGCCCUACUCCGUGCAGGCCACUGCGGCCAUCGCUGCGGUCAUCACCUUCCUCAUCCUGUUCACUAUCUUCGGCAACUCCCUGGUCAUCUUGGCUGUACUGACAAGCCGCUCGCUGCGCGCGCCGCAAAACCUGUUCCUAGUGUCGCUGGCCGCAGCCGACAUCCUGGUGGCCACACUCAUCAUCCCUUUUUCGCUGGCCAAUGAGCUGCUGGGCUACUGGUACUUUCGACGCACCUGGUGUGAAGUGUACCUGGCGCUGGACGUGCUUUUCUGCACCUCCUCCAUCGUGCACCUGUGUGCUAUCAGCCUGGACCGCUACUGGGCAGUGAGCCGCGCGUUGGAGUACAACUCCAAGCGCACCCCGCGGCGCAUCAAGUGCAUCAUCCUCACCGUGUGGCUCAUCGCAGCUGUCAUCUCGCUGCCGCCUCUUAUCUACAAGGGCGACCCGGGUCCCCAGCCCCGGGGGCGCCCUCAAUGCAAGCUCAAUCAAGAGGCCUGGUACAUCCUGGCCUCCAGCAUUGGCUCUUUCUUUGCACCCUGCCUUAUCAUGAUCCUUGUUUACCUGCGCAUCUACUUGAUCGCUAAGCGCAGCCACCGCAGAGGCCCUAGGGCUAAGGGGGGCCCUGGGAAGGGGGAGUCUAAGCAGCCCCGCCCAGUCCCUGGGGAAGUUUCAGCUUCAGCCAAGUUGCCAACCUUGGUCUCUCAACUGGCCACUGCUGGAGAGACCAAUGGGUGCUCUCAGCACACCGGGGAGAAGGAUGAAGGGGAGACCUCUGAAGACACUGGGACCCCCGCUUUGCCACCCAGCUGGCCUGCCCUUCCCAGCUCGGGCCAAGGUCAGAAGGAAGGUGUUUGUGGGACAUCACCAGAGGAGGAGGCUGAAGAGGAGGAGGAGGAGGAGUGUGAGCCUCAGGCUUUGCCAGCCUCUCCUGCCUCAGCUUGCAGUCCACCCCUGCAGCAGCCACAGGGUUCCCGGGUGCUGGCAACCCUACGGGGCCAGGUGCUCCUGGGCAGGGGCGUGGGCACUUCGAGUGGGCAGUGGUGGCGUCGGCGGGCGCAGCUGACCCGGGAGAAGCGGUUCACGUUCGUGCUGGCUGUGGUCAUUGGUGUGUUUGUGCUCUGCUGGUUCCCCUUCUUCUUCAGCUAUAGCCUGGGUGCCAUCUGCCCUCAGCACUGCAAGGUGCCCCAUGGCCUCUUCCAGUUCUUCUUCUGGAUCGGCUACUGCAACAGCUCGCUGAACCCUGUCAUCUACACCAUCUUCAACCAGGACUUUCGUCGUGCCUUCCGAAGGAUCUUGUGCCGCCAGUGGACCCAGACAGCCUGGUGAGCCCGCCUGCCCACUGUCCAUGUGGUGUUGGUGUCAGGUGGUGCCAAGGCUGCCCAGCUUCUCGCCCUGUUUUACGUGGCCACCUCCCUGGGGCUUUCUGGUCCCUUCCCUGGUCCUACAGACUUCAUCCUGGAGCCCCCUGGGAGGGGCAGGGAUAGGGGUCUGCUCACAGGCAUCUAUUUGAAGCCCCCCCUCUUGCUGGCUUGGCUGUGGGAGACUAAAUUCUCCACCCCCUGCCUGAGCACAGGCACAUGGAUAAGGUUUGGACUUUCCUGAAUGUGGCCGAGGUCAGACUCCCUCCCAGCAUCCCAGACUCCUGCAAGCCAAAGCCCUCUGUUUUUCUGGUCAGUCAUGCUUGUGGUGUUUUGUUCCUUUCUCAUCUUUCCCUGGAAAGGAGCAAAAAGCCAGCCUUCCACUUUUCCCAGAAGGGCCUGCUGCUGAGGAAGAGGCAGACAAUGACGGCUGGCAUCCAUGUUGGGUGCUCUGGUCCCCAUCAAGCACCGGCUAGGGGUUCGUGGGCUAGCACUGCCUCUGAGCCCUUCUUCGCCUUUCCCCUGCUUUUGGAUUUAUAACUCCUUUAAAAGUCAGAACCACAUAUCAUUCUCCUCACCCAGUGCCCCUCUGGGAGGUGGGUGGGUGUGUGGACACCUCUGUGUGCCAGUCUGGAGGCCCCGGGCUCUGCCUCGACGGGAGAGCCUUGAUCACUAGCAUAUUCCCCCCCUGCAAAAACCGGGCCGACAAUAGCUUGCCGCCUACUUGCUGCAGGGAGAUGAAAGCCUUGGCAGAAAGCUUUGAGCUCUGUGGGGAGAACGCUCUAGAGAACCAAAAAAUGUGAUGAUUCGAUGAUAUAAAGAUCCCGUUUUUCUGUGUUUACCACCGUCUGUCUUCCUGUCGACUUUUGUUCUGUGCCUGGGGUGUGAAUUCCUACCCCAUACUGGAAGUAGGGAGUGGCAGACGAACCAGGAUUUCAGUUAAAGGAUUUUUGGAGAAUGUGUUUUUAUGCCUCAAAGGUUUGAGUUAUCAUGCUACGUGACAACUUCUCAACAUUUCACCUGCGACACCAAGAGGGUUCUUGGCUUGGGCCCCCUUGAUGGGGGAGAAGUCUUUUGUCAUCAAGCAGGCAAAUUGUUUCCCCCAAAUAGCUAAAAAUACCCAGCCCCUAGGUGCGGUCUGAGAUAUGAGUCUAGGCAGGGUGCUGGGGCUGGAGCAGGUGAGCAGGGGGCCCAUGGAUUCCUGGGGGAGCCUCCCGUUGGAGUGCCCAGGGCAGGGCUCCAAGCCCUAAAUGGGUCCCUAUGAUGCAUCACCUGUCCCACCCCCGCUGGGUGCUGUCUGACCACCUCAGAACCCACCUCCCUGCUCCAACCCAGUGAUGGGGCUCCAGGAGCCUCUCCCUCCAGGUCCUCUCCCCUCACCCAGAACUGGUACCCAGAACAACUGGGAGCACAUGGAGGAUGUUUCCCCAUCUUCCCCACGGCAGUGCCUGGCUUUAGCAUUAAGCCAGUGAGCAUCUUCUUUGGGGGGCGGGACUGAGCAGCAAGGCACUAGUGGCACUCUGAUGGGCCUGGCUAGAUUUGGAGUGGGGGCUGGAGGAGUUUUCCAGUGAUGGAGAGAAUGGAGGGGACCUCUUGGGAUGAGAGGCUGUCCAGUUCAUUCCUUGGUCCCUGUGUGGGGCCAGGGCAUUCAUUACCUUGGGGCAGCACUGGGGAGGCUGGGCUGGGGGAGGGGCUGACUUGUGACAUCUGCUGACUGGUCUUGUGUGUACCCCAAAAGACCCCUGCUCCUGUUGCCUGUGGCUCCCUUGUGAUAUGCAGGUGUUUUAUUUUUUAAAAAAGUCUGAGCUAUUUUAUCAAUAAAGGAUAUUUUGUAAUAA